CUCGCGCCGGGAACCAUGGAGGGAGUGAGCGCGCUGCUGGCCCGCUGCCCCACGGCCGGCCUGGCCGGCGGCCUGGGGGUCACGGCGUGCGCCGCCGCUGGCGUGCUGCUCUACCGAAUCGCGCGGAGGAUGAAGCCAACACACACCGUCGUCAACUGCUGGUUCUGCAACCAGGACACAGUGGUGCCCUACGGGAACCGUAACUGCUGGGACUGCCCCCACUGCGAGCAGUACAACGGCUUCCAGGAGAAUGGUGACUACAACAAGCCGAUCCCCGCACAGUACCUGGAGCACCUCAACCACGUGGUGAGCGGCUCGCCGGGCCCGCGCGCCCCCGCCCAGCCCCCGCAGUGGGUGAGCAGCCAGGUGCUGCUCUGCCGGCGGUGCAGCCACCACCAGACCACCAAGAUCAAGCAGCUGGCCGCCUUCUCGCCACGCGACGAGGGCAGAUACGACGAGGAGGUCGAGGUGUACCGGCACCACCUGGAGCAGAUGUACAAGCUGUGCCGGCCGUGUCAGGCGGCCGUGGAGCACUACAUCAAGCACCAGAACCGCCAGCUGCGCGCCCUGCUGCUCAGCCACCAGUUCCGACGCCGGGAGGCCGACCAGACCUACACGCAGAGCUUCUGCGCAUCUGCGGUGAAGUCCCCAGCGCAGGUCAUCGUGCUCCGGGCCCUCGCCUUCCUGGCCUGUGCCUUCCUGCUGACCACCGCGCUCUACGGCACCAGCAACCCCUUUGUCCCGGGAGCCCCGCUUCCCCCGGCCAUGCCACCUGGUAGCAAUGGCUCGGCCCCACCAGACAACGGAACAGCCGCCGGGGCCGAGGGCUGGCGGCAGCUGCUGGGGCUGCUGCCCGAGCACGCGGCCGAGAAGCUACGCGAGGCCUGGGCCUUCGGGCAGAGCCACCAGAUGGGCGUCGUGGCGCUGGGCCUGCUCACCUGCCUGCUGGCCAUGCUGCUGGCCGGCCGCAUCCGGCUCCGGAGGAUUGACGCCUUCUCCAGCGGCCUGUGGGCCCUGCUACUGGGGCUGCACCUGGCCGAGCAGCACCUGCAGGCCGCCUCGCCCCACUGGCUGGACACGCUCAAGCUUAGCACCACGUCCCUGUGCUGCCUGGUGGGCUUCACGGCAGCUGUGGCCACAAGGAAGGCGACGGGCCCACGGAGGUUCCGGCCCCGAAGGUCAGAGACACAGCAGUGACUGCGGGGGGAGGACAGAUGGACCCACAGGCCCCGGGCUUGGCCCACAGCCCGGACAGGGCACCUCUGUCUUUGCUUCUUUCUUACCUGCCUCACUCCCACCCCACUCCCACCCCACCCCCACCUUAGGGUCCUGGCCCAGCCCCUCCACCUCUCCUAGGAGUCAGGCCCCGCCCCCCAUUCCUUUCUGGCUCCACCAAGCCACCCCCCACCCAGCGCCCCCAAGUGCUCUCUAGCUGGUCACCACUCCCGCCACCUUUCUGGCCAAAGACCCCACCACCACUGCUCUGAGACCGGAACAGGGCAGCACCCGUACCGCCUGCCUCUGCCCCGUGGCUUCCGCUGGCAGCCAGGCACCCCACACUGGCCACAGCCCCUUCCCUGGCUCUGACACCAUCAGGAGAGGGGUACGGGCCUGCUCUUUGCUUCUUCUCUCACCUUGCCCAUCUCUCAGCCCGUAACAGGCUGGCGACGGUGGCUGCAGGCUGGGCCCUCGCCGCAUGGCCUGACCACUCGGGCUGCUUGGUGUGGGCAGGUGCUGCUGAGUCAGGGCCACGCAGGGCCCCCUACCUCGUCCCACCCUCGUUUCUCGGGUCUGUCCUUUUGGUCCUACCUGUGGUCCAGUCAGUCCCCAGGAGCUCAUGAAACCAUGAGGAGGCAGGGCUGACCCCCUGGGUUCCCUGCUCCGAGAGCCCAUUAUCCCUCAGCCUCCUUCCCCAGGGGUGGAGAAUGCAGUUCUUAGACCCAGACUGGCCUUGACCAUGAGUUUGUGGGGCGAGGCCCACAUGGAGGUGGAGGGUAGAAAAUCGUGCUGUGCCCGUGGUCAGCAGAUUUCUCCUAGCAGCCAGGCGGUGGUGGGAGAUCGCCCAGGAGGGUGGGGGGAGGGGUCUACAUGCUGUUUACUUCCCUAUCUUUUGGGCACCGCUGUGAGCCAGACAGCAUAACUGGGGUGCACACACUCUGCCCACUCUCCUGGGAAGCCCCUGGCUCUGCCCUGGAAAGGCAUGAACCCUUACAGCCCAGCCCUCUACUUGCUCCCUGCAGGGCUGGGGUUCAGGCUUCCCAGGCCGAGGUGGCUCUGAUGGGCAGGUAGCGGGGCCCUGCCACCCUCCCUCCAUGCCAGGAUGUCCCCAGUGUCCUCCCAAAACCCCGCCUCCAUUAUGAUGCCCAGAAAAAGUUCCAACUGCCCGAAGUUAGCGCCGGGUAAGGGGCCUAAGGGACACGCAGGCCCAUGACACCAGGUCCUUGUCCCUUGUCCCUCUUUGGCUUAUCACCACUCUCCUCCUGGCCUCUGGAGCCCCUUGGGGAGGUUCUUGCUUCCCGCCUCCCCGUGGGGCAGCUGAAGAGUUCGCAGGGCCUCGGCCUCACUCUCCCUGGGCCAAGCCCUGCCACCCCCGCCUGUGCGCCAUCUGUACAAUGAGAGCCGGACCCCUCCAGGGCCCUGGGGUGCUGGCGUGGGUGUGGGCAUGCUCUGGAGGCCGUUCUCAGCCUGGGGGCUGCCUCCCAGGGCCGUGGCAGGGGGCAGAGCAAGGCUGCGCACCUCUGUAGGGCCUCCUAUCCUACUCUCAUCAGGGUGAGCGUGAACCCCGCUCCAGGUAUGGACCCGGGGAACUGCACAGGCCAGUCACUUGUGUGAGGGUGAUGCUCAGGAAAGGGCCGUCACCUCGCUGAGCCUACGGGGUGGGUGAAGAGUGCCCAGCUCAGGCCCGAGCCCCACCAUCCUUCCGUUCUCGGGGUCCUGAGAAGCCACCCCACCCACCCGCCUGUGUGUCGGGUGGCGCUGCACCCUGAUACAUGUGCGGAGAGCUGGGUGAGUCAGGAGCUGGGCCCAGCUUGCUCUGGGUGGAGGGUGAGGUGGAAGAGCACCGACGAGGUGGAGGAGUGGGGUGGCCGGCCUGUCCCUCGCUUCUGUGAACCAGCCUCCCCGAGCGGGGCGGUGGGAGCCAGGCGGGGAACCUGUGUCUGUUGGCUGUGUGUCCCCUGGUCUCUGGAAUCCCCUGUUCUCAAGGAAACUGGCAGCACGGUGCUAAUUACUGCUUUUUUUGGCUUUGAGUAGAAGCAGGACAUCUGUGUGUACGCGUGUAUUUAAGUUAAAUUAUUUAUAAUAACCGUAACCAGCUCUCAUGCUGGCCAGGAGCCUGCUGAGCAGACGUCUCUCCUGCCCUCUAGCGGGCGGGGGUGGAAAGACACCCUCGUGUCACAAGAUGGACCUCAUCGAAGGAAGGCUUCCUGGCAUUUUUAGAGUUUGUGUGAUUUUUAAAACCACGCAUCUGUCCCUUCAAAUUCCAUUACGUGGAGCAUAUUUCAGUACCUUCCGACAUUACUGGCGACAGCUGAGGAAGUGCGGGCAUCACUGGGACCGUGGCUUAUUCCCUGGGAGUGUGUUGGCCCACUCUCCGCUCCACUGGGGACCACGACCAGACCCUCCCAGAAUGGGGGGUCAGGGUGUGGAACCAUCUUCUCCCCCAACCCCAGGCCAAGUAGGCUGCCCCAUAAUGCUUGCCCAGGAGCCCCUGGGAGAGGCCGGCAUCCCCUCUGCCUGCGACUGUCGCCGUGUGUCCCGUCCUUUCUGUUGUGUAGACGUGGAUGACUGUCUAGUGACCCUGUAAUUGCUGUAACCACAAUUCCCGGCCUUAGCUGUAGUGUUUUGAUGCUGUAUUUUCAAUAAAUGCCUCCGGGGCCCUGCUUUGACCGGUGGGCGUCAGGCA